GAGAACGAGCCAGCGCCGCUCGCCGCCGCCGCCUCCUGCGCUGUUCGGCCCGGUCCCCGUGCGGCCCGGCCGGCCCGCGGGGCGCGGAGCCGAGGCCCGCGGCCGGCCGCAUGAAGGACUGCGAGUACCAACAGAUCAGCCCCGGGGCCGCCCCGCCACCCGCCUCCCCCGGGGCGUGCCGCCCCGACCCCGCCGCGUCGCCCGCCCCGGGCCCCGGGCCCGCGCCGCCCGCCGCCCCGGCCCCACCGCGCUGGAGCAGCAGCGGCAGCGGGAGCGGGAGCCUCGGCCGCCGCCCCCGGCGCAAGUGGGAGGUGUUCCCGGGCCGCAACCGCUUCUACUGCGACGGCCGCCUCAUGCUGGCCGGCCACGGCGGCGUCUUCGCGCUCACACUGCUGCUCAUCCUCACCACCACCGGCCUCUUCUUCGUCUUCGACUGCCCCUACCUGGCCCGCAAACUGACCCUUGCCAUCCCCAUCAUCGCUGCCAUCCUCUUCUUUUUCGUCAUGAGCUGCCUGCUGCAGACGAGCUUCACCGACCCCGGCAUCCUGCCCCGGGCCACUGUCUGUGAAGCAGCUGCCCUGGAGAAACAGAUUGACAACACAGGCAGUUCCACAUACCGGCCGCCCCCUCGGACUCGGGAGGUGAUGAUCAACGGGCAGAUGGUGAAGCUAAAGUACUGCUUCACCUGCAAAAUGUUUCGGCCACCAAGGACCUCACACUGCAGUGUCUGUGACAACUGUGUGGAACGGUUUGACCAUCACUGCCCCUGGGUGGGCAACUGUGUGGGGAGACGGAACUACCGCUUCUUCUAUGCAUUUAUUCUCUCCCUGUCAUUCCUGACCGCCUUCAUCUUUGCCUGUGUGGUCACCCACCUGACGCUGCGCUCUCAGGGAAGCAACUUCCUCUCCACACUGAAGGAGACACCAGCAAGUGUGCUGGAGCUGGUGAUCUGCUUCUUCUCCAUCUGGUCCAUCCUGGGCCUCUCAGGGUUUCACACUUACCUCGUCGCCUCCAACCUGACAACUAAUGAAGACAUCAAAGGCUCGUGGUCCAGCAAGAGGGGCGGUGAGGCCUCUGUCAACCCCUACAGCCAUAAAAGUAUUAUCACCAACUGCUGUUCUGUGCUCUGUGGCCCCCUACCUCCCAGCCUAAUUGAUCGGAGGGGAUUUGUGCAGUCUGACACCGUGUUGCCCUCACCCAUCAGAAGCGACGAGCCAGCCUGCAGAGCUAAGCCUGAUGCCAACAUGGAGGACACCUGUCAGGAUUUUGCCAUCUCCUGCACAGCCUGAGGGGAGCUAACAGGCCUCUUUACAGAGGGUUAGCUGGUAAGACUGUAUCUUCUCUGUGGCCAGCACUGCCGGCUGCCCUCACACACCAUCUCAGCCCCAUCGCAUGCCUUGCAAACCCACAGACCCAUCCAUCCAUCUGGUGUGUGCUGUGGUGUGUGUGCUGGUGGUGGUAGGGUCCCCAGCAGGGCUCUCCCCUCUAAGCAGAAGGAUCGGGGUGUAGGGCAGGGCUAAGAGCCCAGCCCCAUCUGGACUAAGGAAGUAGCUUUUCACUGAGCAGCUCUCCAGUGGGGAAGGAGGUGAAGGGUGCGGCUGGAGAGGGAGAGGAGGGUGUAUCUGCUCGGGGCCUGUCCUGGUGGUGUGCAGGGGCCCUCAGGCACUAACACAUCUGGCUGUCUGUCCCUGCUGAGCUUUCUCUCACCUGCCCCUUUGCUGUCCUGCUUAGUUGCCUGCUGCCAGAGCCUUGGCCCUUCUGUGUGGGAGAGGCAUGUGCUGUGGCAGCACCUGCCCCGACCACCAGGGCCCCUGCAGGCCACUUCUCUCCUCCCAAUCCCGCUAACCCUCUCUCUUCUCCUCCUUUGCUGUCCUGCCGGGAUCUCCAGUGUGUGCAGGGGCUUAAGGACUUCCUGAGGACCGCUGCUCUUUGCCUCUCCAGGAGUGGCCUGGGGGGAGCCAGGCACCCGGCACUGCCACCUGCCUAACCUGUGGCCCGUCUGCCACCAUCUGUGCCUACAGGCUCUGCCCCCUAGCCUGCCCUAAAUGUGUGCUCCUGCUGCCUCCUAUGCAUAGGGGUGGGGGCUGGCCUCUUUGCCCCUACCCCCAGUCCAUGCCAGCCAGAGUGCAGAAAGCCAUAAUGCAGCUGUCAGCACAGUAAUGUAAUACUCGUACUAUGCUGAAACGCCCCCUACCUUACUUCCCCUUCCUCAGAUUUGUGAGGCAUCAAGACUCUUUAGGAAUCUUGCUUCACAGCCUGCCCUCCCCCAGGUUUAAAAAAAAAACAGGCAUAGCCAUAGUCAAGCUGAGCAGGUUUCUUCAGGAGCCGUCUGGGGUGUUGAUGGCUGAUGACGCUGUUGAACAAGUUUGGUGACUGUUCUAAGCACAACCGGCUUGACAUUGUUCCCACGCCCCUGUCCACCCAGAGUAGGUAGGAUGUGGGGAGAGUGCUUGUAGCCUUUGCUCCAGGCACAGAGGGACUGAGUUGGCUACACAACCCAUGUUCUUCAGGGAAACUAAAGGAAAUGGGCCAGGACAAGGAAAACCAGCUAGGCCCAGGGCUGGGCGCUGCUUGACUGCUACCCUGUACCUUUUUUAACCAAAAUAAAGAAUCCCCUCUUCUUGCCAUACUCUUGGCUGUCUGGUGCCACCUUUACUUUGGAGUCUGGGGAUGGGGCCUGUGUGGGUCUACAGAAGAAUAGACUCACUGCUAGCUUUGCUCCAGCUGGUCAGUGCUGCUCUGGAGAUUUAAAAGAGGCAAAAUGAGGCCCGCCGCAGCGGCUCAUGCCUAUAAUCCCAGCACUCUGGGAGGCUGAGCCGGGUGGAUCACCUGAGCUCACCAGUUUGAGAUCAGCCUGAAGUACAGCGAGACCCAGCCUCUAAAAGUAGCUGGGAGUCGUGGAGAAUGCCUGUAAUCCCAGCUACUCGGGAGGCUGGGGCAAGACAAUCACUUGAGCCCAGGAGUCUGAGAUUGCUGUGAGCUAUGAUGCCACGGCACUCUACCAGGGGCAACAAAGUGAGACUGUCUCAAAAAAAUAAAGUAAAAUAAAAAAUAAAAUGCAAUAAAAGAGGCACAAUGAAACCAGAAGGAUACGGGAAUAGUGGUCUAUAUCCUUUUCUCUCUGUCCCUCCAGAACUCAUGGUCUCAAUUUCAGGGACCUCCAAGCAAUAGCCCCACCCAGGCUAAGACAGAAGGUUUAACUUCAGUCUAGGACUGUCACACCCUGACCUGAGCCCAGACUAGGGAGGGUAAGAACCCCAUUCCCUCUCCCCAGCUGCUCUGUGGAAGCCCAAGCUGGCUGACUAAUGCAAAGGAAGGCCCUUGAGGGCCCAGGGCCUGCUGAGACCAGAGGAAUGCCCCAGAUGAAGAGAGAGGGGGCAGUCCCUUCCCUCUCCCCGGGACAUGUCACACAUGGUCCUAUAAGCUGAAAAUAAUUACCACUAACAUGCAGCAAGGGCCUGCCAAGCACCAGGUCCGUUUUCUCAUCUUAAGCUCUUAAGCUAUGAGGAAAGCAAUGUCAGCCUUUUUACAGAUGAGGAACUAAAGCUAGCUACAGGACCAGGGGAGCUACAGGAACUGCCCAGGUCACCCAGCUGAUAAAGCAGCAAGUCCAGGAUGAUCUCUGCCCCAACCUGUAACCCACAGGCACUACCUAAUGGAUGAAUACAGCUGUGGAAGACUGGUAUCUUGGACACCCUAAAAUUAGAGAAUGUCAUAGCUAGUAGAGAGGAGUUUAUCUAGGCCAGCCUCCUUGUUUUACUGAUGGGGAAAUUGAAGCCCAGAGACAGGAAGAGACCUGUCCAAGACCUUAUAACAGAGCUGGGAUGCAGUCCCACACACUGACCUCAUUCCAUUCUCUUUUCAAAAAUUCCACGCUGUCUCCUAGACUGGACUGGUUUAGGGGAUGUAGGAUACUCUAAACAGCAGUGCCUUCAGGAGAAAAAGACUUAGCAGCUGAAAUAGCCGGGCGUUGUGGCGGGCUGCCUGUAGUCCUAGCUACUUAAGAGGCGGAGGCAACAGAAUCGCUUGAGCCCAGGAGUUGGGGGUUGCUGUGAGCUGUGAUGCCACAGCACUCUACCCAGGGUGACAGCUUGAGGCUGUCUCAAAAAUUAAAAAGCCUUAGCAGCUGAAUCACUUAAAAGUAACCUAAUAUUCUUCUCUAAAGGCAACUAGUAGAGUGAGAUCUUGACUAGGUAAUUGGACUCUUGUUCAUAACUAACCAAGGGGAGAAGGUGUUUAAGCCUCCCCUGGUCACCUGUUUAAUUUGAUCAUUCCAGCGGAGCCCGUAGCUCAGUGGGUAGGGUGCCAGCCGCAUACACGGAGGCUGGCGAGUUUGAACCCAGCCCUGGGCCAGGUAAAACAACAAUGAAAACUGUUAUAACAACAACAACAAAAAUAGCUGGGUGCUGUGAUGGGCACUUCUGGUCCCAGCUAGUUGGGAAGUUGAAGCAAAAGAAUCUCUUAAGCCCAAGAGUUUGAGGUUGCUGUGAACUAUGACGCUAGGACACUCUACCCAAGGCGACAGCUUGAGACUCUGUCUCAAAAAAACAAACAAAAAAAAAUUGAUCAUUCCAAGACUGAAAAAUUUCUUAGGAAGUUCUUUCUGGAAUCUAACCUGCUAUCAGAGCCCAGUCCUCUGUUCUAGUGGAGAGAGAUAGUAACUGGUUGCUUCCUUCUCUGUGUCACAACCUUCCAAAGCCUGUUAUUAACAGCUAAGAAGGAUUGGUUGCCUAUGGGCUCAGAGGCCUUGAGCCUGCUGGUAGGAUGGAAUCUCUACAGAGAGUGGGCGGUUGGCAGGCAUUAUUAAGAGAGCCCUGUUGGGGGAGGCGCCUAUAGCUCAGUGAGUAGGGUGCUGGCCCCAUAUACUGAGGUGGCAGGUUUGAUUCCAGCCCUGGCCAAAGUGCAACAAAAAAAUAGCUGGGCAUUGUGGCAAGUGCCUGUAGUCUCAGCUGCUCGGGAGGCUGAGGCAAGAGAAUCACCUAAGCCCAAGAGUUGCUGUGAGCUAUGAUGCCACAGGACUCUACUGCGGGCAACAAAGUGAGACUCUGUCUCUAAAAAAAAAAAAAAGAGAGAGCCCUAUUGGGCUGCAAACCGCCUCUCCCCCACUCCCCACCCCCCCUUGUCUGCUGACUCAGGGAACUGUCUAUGGGGCUCUGUGCCCUCCCAGGGCCUGCUGCUUCCUGCCCGCCUGGGCUCCUGGACUUGGGAAAUGGAAGCCUGGAGGCAAAGGGAGGUAACUGAGACAGGAACUGAGUCAGGACUAACAGGCCAGAGCGGGCAGGAGGUGUCAGACAUCCUGGCUUCCAGUUGUACUUCUGAGCUUGAGCUGAGGAGGAGCAGAAGUGAAGGGGCUUCCUUGCCCUUGCUUGGGGCUGAGCUGAGGGUGUGGAGUUCAUGGUGUGAACCACUACCCCUGGCUUAAAUGGCAGAAAAAGAAUGCUGCCUCCCUAGAUUCAGAAAAAGCCCCAAAAUUCCUAGGUCUGCCAGGUCCUGCCUUCCAGGUUCCCAGUGUCUUGGGAUCUCUAGAUUUCCCCCAGGACUUGGGGAGCCCAAGCUGGAUGACUAGUGCAAAGAAAGGCCCUUGAGGGCCCAGGGCCUGCUGAGGCCAGAGGAAUGUACCAGAUGGAGAGAGAGGGGGCAGUGCUGAGCAAUCUGGCCACUCAUCCAUCUGGAGGGGAAAGGCUGUGGGCAAACUCUGCCCCUUUCCCUCUCCUGUGGACACCAGCCUUGGCAAGGUCUGAUCUUCAGCUAAGCCUGGCUUGGAGCCCUUCAUUUCAUAGAGCCUAGCUCUAUGGUUAGCGCUGUGUGUAUGUAUGUGUGUGAUGAUAAAGUUGAUGGGAUUCUUUUCACAGAAUAAUAACUAUCAUUGACUCUGCCAUGCUUUCCAUUAACUUACUUAAUCUUCCAACAAGUCCCAUUUUACAGCUAUGGGAACUGAGACUCCAGGGCGGUGGCUCUCGCCUGUAAUCCUAUCACUCUGGGAAAUGGAGGCAGGUAGAUUGUCUGAGCUCAGGAGUUGGAGACCAGCCUGAGCAAGAGUGAGACCCUAUGUCUACUAAAAAUAGAAAAACUAGCUAUGCAUCAUGGCAGGCAUCUGUAGUCCCAGCUGGGGGGAAGAUGAAGCAAGAAGAUCCCUGGAGCCUAGGAAUUUGAGGUUACUGUGAGCAAUGAAGCCAUGGCACUCAACCCCAGGGCGACCAAGUGAGACUCUGUCUCAAAAAAAAAAUAAUAAAAAUAAAUAAAUAAAUAAAAAUAAAAUAGGAACUGAGACUCUAAAUAAACACUCAGCCAAGGCCACAACAGCUGGUAAGAAUUAAACUCAGAGGCAGUCUGAUUGCAAAAAUAUAGGCUAUUCUGCCUCUCAUAGGAAAAUAAUACAUAUUCACCAUUCAUAACUUGGAGAGAAUAAGAAAAUCAAAAGAGGGCAGCGCCUGUGGCUCAGUCGGUAAGGUGCCGGCCCCAUAUACCAAGGGUGGCGGGUUCAAACCCAGCCCCAGCCAAACUGCAACCAAAAACUAGCUGGGCGUUGUGGCGGGUGCCUGUAGUCCCAGCUACUUGGGAGGCUGAGACAAGAGAAUCGCUUAAGCCCAGGAGUUGGAGGUUGCUGUGAUCUGUGUGAG